CCACAUUGCGGUCUGGAGCUACGUUCAAAACCGCAUACUACCAUACUACAUAGUAUGCCAAAAAAAAGUGCGCCACUCCGCAUGGUGCAUACUGUAUAGUAUAGUACUAUGCGUGGGUAGCCUUGCAUUUUCCCCCUGGCUCUGUCUCUCACGCGCUCCGUGUUAUGCUCAGUAUUAACCGCGUAUCAAUAGGACCGGUCUGGUUCAUUUUCAGUGUUUGUGACUGUUUCAGUCCGAAUGAACAGACUGUAAGCUUUAUGUAGAUAGUGUAGGUUUUAAUUUUUUUUUAAAGAAAGCUUUUUCUAUGACACCACGGAUCAUUGUUCGGUCCAUUGUUUGAAUAUCAAGAGCAGCUAGCAGAAAUCAUAUUUACAGAGCAUGGAUAACACCGAGAAGGACAGCAGGUCUGAUGGAGAAUGCGAAUCGGCUGGAGAGGAAGAAGUGGAUCCCCGGGUUCAGGGGGAACUGGAGAAGCUGAACCAGUCCACCGAUGAUAUAAACCGAUGUGAGACUGAACUGGAGGAUGCAAGGCAGAGGUUUCGCUCUGUGCUGGUGGAGGCCACGUUGAAAUUGGAUGAGCUGCUGAAGAAGAUCGGCAAGGCUGUAGAGGACUCGAAACCGUACUGGGAGGCACGGCGUGUGGCACGGCAGGCUCAGCUUGAGGCCCAGAGGACAACACAAGACUUCCAGAGAGCCACUGAAGUGCUUCGGGCUGCCAAAGAGACCAUCUCCCUGGCUGAACAGAGGCUGAUGGAGGAAGACAAGCGGCACUUUGACUCGGCCUGGCAAGAGAUGCUGAACCAUGCCACUCAGAGAGUGAUGGAGGCGGAACAGACGAAGACCCGCAGCGAGCUGCUACAUAAAGAGACAGCAGCCAGAUACAAUGCAGCUAUGAGCCACAUGAAGCAGCUGGAGAAGAAGCUUAAACGCACCAUCAGCAAGUCCAAGCCUUAUUUUGAACUGAAGGCAAAGUACUACUUACAGCUAGAGCAACUGAAAACAAAUGUGGAUGACCUGCAGGCCAAGUUGACACACUCUAAAGGGGAAUAUAAGACAGCUCUGAAAAACCUUGAAAUGAUCUCAGAUGAGAUCCACGAGCGCCGGCGCUCCUUAGCCAUUGGCUUUCGGGAGAGAGGAGUGGGGUCAGAGGGUGAUGGGGUCACUGGAGACGACAUCACCAACUUCAAGAUGGACUCUGAUGGUAUAUCCAUGGCAUCAGAGACGUUUGAGGAUGAGAACUGCUGUAACAGUGCUAUGUCUGAGGAGGAUUUAGAAACACAGUCCACAUGUAGCGUGAACUCUGGAGGCAAAAGCCCUUUACAACUACAGUGCCCCUUCUCAUCUUCCUCGUCACCAUCAUUUACAUCUUCAUCCUCCUCCUCUCCCUCGUCACGGCCAUGUAGCCUGGAACUCCCCAGCACAGUUUCACUGUCUGACUUUGGCCUGAUUUCACCUAUCCUUGGACCUCGAAGUGAAUGCAGUGGAGCCUCUUCACCCGAGUGUGACAUGGAAAGAGGUGACAGAGCAGAGGGAGCAGAGGAUGAGUUGAACAACGUUUUCAAUAACAACAGCAGUAGCAGCAUUAGCAGCAUUAAGAAUCGCUUCCAUCUCCUGUCCCUGAAACGUGGGCAGAUGGACAACGCCAAAAUGACGGAGCAUAAACCAUUGAGUGUGGCCUAGACCAGCACUACAUCACUGCUUAAUGGGGGCAGAAUUAGCUGCUAUUACCCCCUCAAUCUCGCCCAUGUGAAAGCUGUAGGCAGCUGUCCAUCUGUCUCUUUUACCUGAGUCGGCACCAUUCGUUUUGCCAGAGACGUUCUGGAUCUUACCGGCUCUUCAUUGAGCAAGAUUAAUUCUAGGGAAGAGUUAUAGGAAUAUGUGCAUUUAAGAAAAUGGGAAUAAUUUCUUAUAGCACAUUGAAGGAUAUUUGAUUAAAAAAUAAGAGGAAAAAACUGAGUGAUGGACGAUAAUGAUGAGUCUUAUUCCCCACUUUGUAGAAGAUCAUGUACAUGUUACUCCUGAGCUGUUCAUAUAAAUAAUGCUAUCGGAGCUCUGGUUUUGGACACGGAGCACCACAGAGUUGUCACUGACGUGAUGAAAGAGGAAGCAGUCACAAACAGUACUUCCAGAUUCAAACAGAUUUUUAAUUGGCUGCUUCUGUAGUGUAAUAAUGGCUCAUGUGCCAUCAUGCUGGAUCGCUCUUCUCCACAUGCCCUUGUUUAAUUGCUUCUCCAUCUGCAUUUCAGCAGCAGCAUGAUCAUUAUAGCUGAAAUGUGCAUGCUGCCAUAUUUGUGUCUUUGUAAAAGAUGGACUAUCACCACUUUCAUUGAAAAAGUAAUAGAAAACAAUGUAAUGUAUUAUUUCCAGCUCUUGUUUGUAAAUUAAAACAUGGAUUAGAAAGACACAACCUAGUUUUGCACUGUCAAUCAACAGUAAUUGUUGGCAUUUUGGCAGACACUAAGACAUCUGUGUGACUUAAUCAAUUCUGUAACACUGUAGCUGCUGCUACUAGAUAUAGAGGCACAAAGCACAGUUUCAGUCAUCAGUAGACCAUGUGGGCUUUAUGUGACCCCCCCCAUCCCCUCCCCAUUUGUUUGUUGUAGCUGUUUUUGUGUACUUUUUUUUGUGUAUAGUAGAAAUAGCAUCAUAAAGCUGUGAGUUUAUAUCUUGGUUAUUCUGGUUUAAGUAGCUUGUGUAGUUGUUUUCUGGCUUAAAAUAAAGUAAUAUUCUGAUCACUGUAA